CGGAAGCGCCCCGGCAGGGGCUGCGGGAGUGGCGGCGCGAUGGCGGCUGCGGCGGUUUCGGAGGCCUGGCCGGAGCUGGAGCUGGCGGAGCGGGAGCGGCGGCGGGAGCUGCUGCUGACCGGGCCCGGGCUGGAGCAGCGGGUGCGCGCGGCGGGCGGGCGGCUGCCGCCGCGGCUCUUCACGCUGCCGCUGCUGCACUACCUGGAGGUGAGCGGCUGCGGCAGCCUACGCGAGCCGGGCCCCGGCCUGGCGCAGGGCCUCCCGCAGCUGCACAGCCUGGUGCUGCGGCGCAACGCGCUGGGGCCCGGCCUGAGCCCUGAGCUCGGCCCGCUGCCCGCGCUGCGCGUGCUCGACCUGUCAGGCAACGCGCUGGAGGCGCUGCCGCCGGGCCAGGGCCUAGGCCCCGCCGAACCGCCGGGCCUCCCGCAGCUGCAGAGCCUCAACCUCAGUGGCAACCGGCUGCGCGAGCUGCCCGCCGACCUGGCGCGCUGCGCGCCGCGCCUGCAGACCCUCAACCUCACCGGCAACCGCCUGGACGCCUUCCCCGCCGCGCUCUUCCGCCCCGGCGCGCUGCCGCUGCUCAGCGAACUGGCGGCCGCCGACAACUGCCUCCGGGAGCUCAGCCCCGAAAUCGCCCACCUGGCCUCGCUCAAGACGCUGGACCUGUCCAACAACCAGCUGAGUGAGAUCCCAGCAGAGCUGGCCAACUGCCCCAAGCUCAAGGACAUCAACUUCCGGGGGAACAGGUUGCGGGACAAGCGCCUGGAGAAGAUGGUCAGCGGCUGCCAGACCAGGUCCAUCCUGGAGUACCUGCGCGCCGGGGGCCGCGGGGGCGGCCGGGGCCGGGGCAAGGCCGAGGGCCCCGACAGGGAGGAGGCGCGGAGGAAGCGGCGGGAGCGGAGGAAGAGGGAGUGCGGCGAGGCCGAGGAGGCGUGGGUGGACGAGGCCAGCCGGCUGCUGCUGCGGGUGCUGCACGUGGCCGAGAACCCGGCCCCGCUGACGGUCACGGUGAGCCCCGGGGUCGGGGACGUGCGGCCCUUCAUCGUGGGCGCCGUCGUGCGGGGCAUGGACCUGCAGCCUGGGAACGCGCUCAAGCGGUUCCUCUCCUCCCAGACAAAGCUGCACGAGGACCUUUGUGAGAAGAGGACGGCGGCCACCAUCGCAACCCACGACCUCAGAGCCAUCCGGGGGCCCCUGCUGUAUGCCGCCCGCCCCCCGCAAGACCUCAGGAUCGUCCCCUUGGGGCGCCGGGAAGCCAAGGCCAAGGACCUGGUACGGCAGCUGCAGCUGGAGGCCGAGGAGCACAGGAAGCAGAAGAGGAGGCAGAAUGUGUCGGGCCUGCACAGGUACCUUCACCUGCUGGACGGGAAGGAGCAUUACCCGUGCCUCGUGGAUGCAAACGGCGACGUGAUUUCUUUCCCACCCAUAACAAACAGCGAGAAGACGAAGGUGGGCGGUGUCUGCCAGCGUCUGGCACCUUUGAGACCGCGUCAUGUGUCACGUUCAUGCGUGUGGCUGCGUGUGCUCACUCCCGCGUGCGCCCCGAUUAAGAAAACCACUUGUGACCUGUUUCUGGAAGUGACGAGCGCCGCCAGCCUGCAGAUCUGCAAGGACAUUAUGGACGCCCUCAUCCUGAAAAUGGCAGAAAUCAACAAAUACACUUUGGAAAAUAAAGACGAAGGUUCCCUCUCCGACCACGAAGUCGAUGCCAUUCCUGGACAAGUCUCGGAUCCCAGGGCGACUACCGGUGCUGAACAGGCUGGGAGCGCCCCGCUGGUGGUGGAGCAGGUCCGGGUGGUGGAUGAGGAGGGGCACCUGAAGGUGGUGUAUCCGUCCAAGACGGACCUGGACCUCGCCGCCGCCCACGUGACCGUGCUCCGCUGACGGCCGGGCCACUGCCUCAGGCUCCCAGGGAGGCACUGCCCGCCGCACCAGCUCUGCAGGGCUUCCGUGUGGUGAUAUUAAAUUAUUCCUUCACCUCGGUAGUUUUUAAGAUAUGUGCAUUCUUUGUUCAGUUUUCCAGUCGGUUCUGUCGUAGGGGGUGCCACGUUGACAUGCAGUUAAGUCAUUUCACCUUUACAGCACCAAAUUGACUCUGCCGGUGCUUUCUAUGAAAUCACUUGAAUAUUGGAACUAACUGCUCAAAGGGUUCUGAAAUCAUGUAGCCACACAGCAACUCACUGUAUUCACAGGGGGAAAGGACACUAUAGUUGGUGUGAAUAUUUAGUUCUAAGUUGAGAAGCUGAACAACAUGCAUUUUACUGAGCUGCACAGUUAUUUUUCUACGACACAAUAGCUUUUUAAAGUCCUACGAUUCCAGCACUGCAGCUUAGAAAUGUGGGAUGUCAUGGUUUCCAGUUGUUGUAAACCGUACUCUUUUUAUAAAAACAUUUUUUUAACGUGACCUUAGAAUUGGCAAAAUCAUUUUUCUUACUGCUGCGGUAGGAUGCUUUGGGGAUGGGAGGCAGGGCAUCCGGCAGCAACGGCCCAACCCGCCUGCUGCACUGGCCGGACUUGGGGAGGGCGGGGGCGUCAGUCGUCUGUAAAGCAGCACCAGGGCCGUGAGGUGUCACACCUGCGUCUGGAGGUCAGUGCGCAGGUUUCCCACUGCAAAACAGGCUUCCACGCUCAGACAGGACGGUCAGCCGUCGUCACCUUGCUCCAGGACGGGGGUGGCAGUGACUGGAGGAGGCGUGGGGCGCUCGAUGCCAGGAGUCACGGAGCAUGUGCCGGACGAGGGGGUCUCAGCAUCUGGCAUUCUAGGUGUUUCCAGCUCUGGGUCGGCAGUUCACCGACCUCACUGCUCCAGGAGCGGCCAGCACAGGAAAAACUGACCCGCCAGCUUUUUCUUGUUGAGUGACGCGUGUUCCGUGGUCUUUGACCUGCAAAGGACAGUUUGUGUUUUGUCACAACGACAGGCGGUUGGCAGGCACGUGCGAGAGCCCCCCCUGGACCCAGGCACGUAGCCGUCAGAACCAGACCCGUGUGAGGCCCAGACCCCACAUGCUGGGCCUUCCGUACGGCCACGUGGGUUCCCCAGAGCCCGGCCAGCCCUCCUCGAAGGACAUGGCGGGGCUGCCUUGACACGUGACCCAGCUCUCUGGUCACUGCCAGGACUGCCCUUCGUCGGCCCUGGGGCAGCCGUGCUUAACCGCGCUGAAGUGGACACCAGGUGACGGUGUUCCCCAAACCUACCUGACAU